CACUCGUCGUAGGACUUGUGCUCCAGACCCUUCAUCAGCUCCGCUGCCCUGCUCUGGACUUGUUUUCACCACUUUAUGGCUGCAGAAGUCCUAAGUGACAACAAGCAAAGCCAAGAAUAAGAAUAUCCAGGCUUGAAUCCCGUCCCUAGCUGUAACUGCUAAACCAGAUUUCCUAAGCACUGAGCGAGGGUCCAGAGGAGAAUCACAUGAAACAACUCCAGCAGCAGCUGUUGAAAACCAAAAAUACGUAUGUCCGUCCUUUCCCGGCCUCGCUCGUGCCCCGUCUUCCUCACACUCCAGCCAAAACCCCGCGCCAGCGCCGCUCUCCCGGAGGCGGCACAAGAUGGACGCGGCAAGGCGAAGCCUCAGGGCUCUGCGGAAAGCGGGCGCGGGGAGCUGGAGGGAAUUGGAGAGAGCAGGAGCACGAGCAGCAGCACGCCGGGACCAGCGGGGGAAAACCCUGCGCGGGUGGGCGCGUCUGUCCCGGGGAAGACUCACGAUCAGCCGCCCCCAAGGCCGGGCAGGGCACGGUACCGUCCGGCCCGCAGCAACCCGGCCGCAGGGGCGGGACACUCCCGGCGCCGCCCGCCCGCCGCGGCCAUGGGAACGGCAGCCCUGCCGGACCCGCUCGGCGGGGACGGGCUCCUGGCGAGACCUCCGGCUGCUCCUUCGGUAUCGGGCCCGGCCGGCUCCGUGGCGCCCUGCCCGCGGCCCCGCCUCGCUGCAGCUCCAGGCGGCGGCAGCGGUGCGGCCAAGCCCGAGCCCUACGGCGGGCGCGGGGCCGGGGGUUGGGCGGGGCGCGGGGCGUGAGGCCUCCGCCUCUGCCGGGGCCUCCCCUGCACCAGGGCCCCGGGGCUGUCGCCGAGCCCGUCAAGAGGCCCUCUGUACACACAGUGAAGUGAGAAGGACCUUCCAAAGUCAAAUGUCCAUGCUCAGCUUGUUGAUGAUAAAGUGGUGAAGGCACUGAUAUUCUGAAGUAUGGCUACUGGACUGAUUCACUUCCCAGCCUGCAGCUUGUGUUCCAAGGGCAAAGAUCCAGUGCCUGCAUUUAUUGGUCGAAGAUGGAGGGCUCAGCAGCGCCUGGAGGCUCUUCAGCAGCUUGCUGUAGGUCAGUCUUCUCUUCAGAUACCUCAGAUUGUGUAUGAAGAUCCUGAAGUUGGUGGAAGGAAUCGCUACAAAUAUUUUGCACAACCUCUCAGCUCUUCUAAUAAGCUGCCUCCGGGAGCUGUUCUAGAAGAUGUUGCUUAUACAGAGACAGAGCCGGAUGUCCAGCCAGCUGCAGAAGAUAGCCAGAUCUUUGGCCUCAUGUUCCGAACUCUGGGGACACAGACAGAUUACAGGGAUGGUGAAGCACAGACAGAUCCCUAUUCCCCUGAAUAUAUAGUUCACAGUGGCUCAGUCCCUGAAAUUCUGACACUUGCUACACUCACUUGGGGUCGGGGGCUGCCAGCAGGACAAGCCGAGAUAGAGAUUAUUGACCGCAUCCGGGAAAAACGUGCUUGGGAAGCAGCUCUUCCACCCAUGGACAGUCCCUCAAACAUCGCAAAGAGGUUGAAGAUGAUGGAGGCUAUGGAAAGGAAGGAGUGGGCUUAUAGAGAAGAGGAAAUAGAUAAGUUGCAGAAGGUCCAACUGGAAGUCUUUAAGAAGCUGCUGCAGAGGCGAGAGGAGAAUCAAAAUGAGGUGGAUGCCAUGCGCUUGCACAACCAGUGGCAAAAUCAUCAGAAGGCUAAAGAGGAGAAAAUAAGAAAGAUUCAGCAUGACUGUGCAUUGAUGCUCAGGAAACUGAUAGCUAAGAGCAAGAAUUUGAUGGGAAAGCUGGAGAGACGAGAUAUCAUCAAAGAGUAUAAUGACUUUUCAUCACAAACAUAUGCUCCUUUGUCUCGAAUUGGUUUUUUUCCAGACAACAAUUCUGACUACUGUGCGGUAAAAAACUUCUAUCUUAACACCUUUGCAGGAUUGUGUGAACUGGACAAAUCUGUACCGGAUUCUGUCUCCCAGCUCAAGAUUAAAGCUCCAAAACCUAAAUGCACUAUCACUAAGACUGGCUAUAUUAAAAAGUCAGGAAGGCUAGAUGCAGUCCUGGCACAAGUUCACCAGGCACUACUGGAGAAGAAGAAUAAAGCCAAGGAGCCAAAGAAGCCUCCCCCUGUCUUCGAAAAAGUAGAAACCCCUGUUCCUAAGCCACCCACUCUAAUCCUGGAAAAACCAUCAACUGAGGAAGAGGAAAUAGACUUGGCAGUGAUCUGUCUGCAGAAGUUGCUCCGAGGCAGGGCUCUUCAGAACAUGAUGUUUGAAGGGAAGGAGAAGCGCCUGGAUCUGAUCCGGGAGCUGCGCACCACUCACGCGCUCCAGGAGGAUGGACAGCUGCUCUUGAAGGCAGAGAAGCAAAUGACACUGUCUUUACAGCGACAGCAGGACUCACAAAUGCGCCAGCUGUCAUCCCUGGAAAGAGACUUGGCCACGGUAGAAGGAAGGACACUGGCGAACAUGCUCGAUUUUCUGUCCAAAGAGCUGGUGAGGCUGCAAGAAGAACGGAAGAUCCAUGCCUUGGUCAUGCUGGCUGAGAGGCAGAGACGGAUGCGGGAGGCAGAGGAGAGUGGACGUCGUCAGCUGGAAGAGAGCCGGCGGGAGGAGGAAGAUGAGAUUUUCAGACAGGUGGUGAAUGUUCAGCACAGAACUAUUGACACCUACUUGGAAGAUAUUAUCCUGAGUAGCAUGGAGAGGACAGCUGAAGAGCAAGCCAGGGAAGAGGUUCAGAAAAGGGCUCUAGAAAUCAAUGACAUCGCUUACGAAAUGGAAAGUCGUCGAACUCGCCUACAGUCAGAAGAGAUUGUAGCAGAGCUGGUUUAUAAUUUCCUGAUCCCAGAAGCUGAGAAAAGCUCUAUGAGAGAAAGAGUGAGGCAGUCCCAAAGAAAACACCUCUACGCUGCUCAUCGGAUCAUCCACGGGGGCACAGAGAGGAUUCUGGCUGAUCUGGCUGGGACAGCCAACGCAGGUCCGAGCGGGACAGCUGCUGGACCAAGUGCAGCUGACAGCACUCACCCCGCCACAGUUGCACAUGAACUUGGACAAGGAUUCCACAAGGAUCCCACAGAGACAGAAGAUGAGUGAGGGCACCCUGAAUGGAAAACCUCUCUCCCUUGGGCUGUCCCUGCUGCUGCCUGCCAGCACUGUUGUCCUGGAACCAUUCUGCAUACAUUUUGGUGUGGCAGCUCUCUCCACUCCCUCCCCAACUUGCUUUGGACUUCAUUGGCUAAUUUUUCUCUUCUGAUUUAUUUAGAGAAGCUUGAGUGAGAAAGCAGUGUUAGCAUUCCUUGUUUGUUUUCCUGGCACAGACCAAUAAAAAUCUGCACCUGG